UGGUGGGUUUGUGAGUGUCAGUGGUCAGUUUGCGGUUGUGUGUGUAGUGUGUGCCUUUUCAAUCUGCCUUCCUGCCUGCCUGCCUGCCUGGGUGUCGGCCUGGAUGGCAGACACACACACACACACACAGCUAGGGAGCCGCUGCAGCGCGUGUGUCAUCUCUAUUCUACUUUGCUGCCUACGUGCAGGAUGGAUUGCCUGGCCGAGGCGUAUGGAUGGACGGUGGCCGAGUGUGGCAGAAUGAGAGCUAGAUGAGAGACAUCAGGGCUUUGCAAUGGUUUGCAACGAACCUUUGCUUCAACAGGCGAAUGGCCUCGUUUGUCUGUCAUCGAUGGGCAAAGGCAUCAUCAUGCAACGCACCCCAAUCAACCGAUCAAGCCACUAAUGCCACACGCCAGACGCACACUGGAUGGAUGGACAGACUGCAUGCUAAAAAGUUAUGUUCCUUCUGUCUCUCCCCCUCCCUCUCCCAUGUGCAACGACGCAGCAGACGUACGAGCGGACGGAUGGAGGGUGGGUGGGUGUGAUGUGUGAUGUGGCACGUGUGCGGCUGACUGACUAAAGGAAGAGUCAGAGGGAAGGCAGACAGACUGCAGAGUGGAGUGAAUGGGAAAAAGGGUGGGUGCGUGGGUGGGUGGAUGGAUGGACUUCCGCAUCGCCACACCACACCACACCACACCAAACGCCCUCACAACACGUGUUGGUAAUCUCGCCCCCACACACAUGUAUGUCGAAAGCCUUCCUCCCCAAAGCACCCAUCCUUCCCUUGUGUGUGUGUGUCGGUGGUUGUGAGGCGCAUCACAACACGACAAACCAGAUGAGCCCCUUCUCAGCACCUUGGAUGUGCAGUUAAGUGCGUCAUCCGGGCGGCCAUGGUAUGAUGCGCCUCAGCAACAUACGACGGCAACAGAGAGGAUCAACCAACCAGACAAACCGAAAAGCGGCAUCAUUGUACAACACCAGCCUUGUCUUUGUCCUUCGCAUGUGCUGUCUUGAUUCCGUUCGUUCUGCCUUCCUGUCUCUGCUGCCCGUUGCAUUGCAUUCCGUAGCACAAUGGUGGCCAUCAGCAGACUCGAUGUGCGAGGCUGCCUGUGGCUCAGCAUUGAGCCACACAAUGAAGAACGCACAGCAGUGUGGGAAAGGCAAGGCAACACAGCAGACCAUCUCACCCCCCCUCCACGUGUGAGUGAGUGUGUCCGUAUCCUUGCUAUCAACAUCCACACAUGCGACGAAGGAACGGCGGUCUGCGGCCUCUCGUCAAGAGACCCGACAGCCCGGCAACGGUCCGGCGACCAAGUGGCCGACCGCGCCCACCAUAACACACGCUCACUCCCAAUGCCCACUGUGAGAAUCAAAAGCGAGGCGGGUGUUUUUGGGUCAGUAAGGGUGAGUAGUCAGGCGGCCUCUCUCUGUUUUGUGCUGUGUGUUGUGCGUUGGCUCCUUCCUUGCUGAUGUCUCAUGUGGUCUUCCGUCCAUCAAUCAGCUGUGUUUGGGUGUCAGGCAGGCAAGUAGUAGUAGAGAGGAAUAGAAUGGAAGAGUAGAGUAGAGAGUGGGCUCCAGAACUGCUGUAGUUCUGGAGUAGUAGUAGGAGGGAGGUCAGAACUGCUGUUAGUUAAAAGAGGUCUUUUUUCAUGGUCAUAGCGUCCAUCCAUCCAUCCAUCCAUCUGUCGGUCCGUCACGCACUGAUGUGCGACGGACGCUCACCCACACAUAGAUAGACACACAGGUAGCUACGGCGUGAAAAACAGACCAGCAAGAGAACCCUACACACAGACACGGACACACGCCAAUCAACCAACCAUGCCAGACAGACAAAAGGUGAGUGCGUCCAAAUAUGGAUCGAAUCGACAGUGGUGGCUUGGCUUGCCCUGCCCUGCCCCCUCUCUCCUCUCCAGUGGUGGUAGCCCACGGGUUAACCGACACUCUCGAUGCAGUCAUGCAGCAUAACACAUGAACCAGCAAGUGCCGCCCGGGCAAGCACUGUGCGACCGCCUCACCACCACCACCACCCAAGCACCCACAGCACCCUCAACACCCUCAAGACACACACACACACACACGCACGCACACGCGCACGACAUCCACCCACACGCACACGAAGACAUCACAGAGUUAACUCCCUCGCCAUUUCCCUGCCGCCCUUUCCUACACCACACGAGCGGCGCUUAGCAGAUUAGUCUACACGCGCACGCCCGUCACGCACACACGCACAUCGGGGCAUUCACGCAGCAAAAGGGCAAAGAGCGGGAUAUAGCCAGGAACAACGCGAGAGAGCGGUUCAAACGAAAAAUACGUCGCGCAAGCGCAACGUAUCGACAACAGGGGCAGUGGGCUAGGCAGGCAGCGACCAGCCGAUUGGCUGUCGGCUGCUCGCAUCGCUGGGCUGGCCUGGCCUGCCCUAGACGACCCCUCCCCUCUCUCUCCCUCUCCUCUGCGUGCUGUGCUCACAGCAUAUGGGCAAACGCACACAGUGUGCCCCUGUCGCUGCUCUGCAACGUACUAGCAGGCGACAGGACAUUUGGACCCACAGGACCCUCAGACAGAACAAACGCACGAACGAAUGAACGAUAGAUGGAUGGAUGAAUCGCCCCAAUCCAUCCAUCCGUCCAUCCCCCCUUGCAUGCAAGUCAUGGGCGCCCCCCUCCCCACACACAGACAGACAGACAGACAGACACUUAGGUAGUUGAAAGCAUUCUUCGGCAGCCAGACAGCCAGCCAGCCAGAGAGAGAGAGAGAGGGACGGACGGACAGACGGACACACCGGCAGGGUUUGCAGGGAGUGGGGCGCGCACACGACAGCAACCAAGCACGCAAGGGGCAGGUAGCCGUAUGAACGAAUGAACGAAUCAGGUCAAUCAGUGAAUUCUCAUCUGAUCUGUACACACCAAACACACGGGGAGUAAAAAAGCUCUUUCUGCCCCUCUCCCUCCUCCUCUAUCCCUAUGUUUCCUUUCUAGGAGAAAACAGGGCAGGGCGGGGCGGCGCUAAAAUUCGCACCAGUAAGUGUCGUGCUGGUGCAACCUGGCAGCAGCGCCGCCCGACGCCAUCUGCAUCAUCCCUCCCCGCCCCUCCCCAAACGCAAAAUCACACAGACUAUUGACACAGAAAACGUCGCCCUCUCCCCCACUACCACCAUCACCCACUCCCCCACCCGCCGCCGCAUCGACGUCCAUCUUGGAGGCCUUGGUCGUGACGAAAAAGUUGUCGACCUCCCUCUCCAGCUCCAUCUGCUGCGCCAGCUGCCGCGAAACCGCCAUCUUCUUCAGAGGCCGCCGGUCGUCGCACACUGAGAGCUGCAGAGGGUGCUUGGUGCCCCUCGUGUGGCGGCAGUCGCGCAUGCUCUCGUCGUCGGUGCUGAUGGCUUCGUCCUCUUCCAUGAUGGGCGUGAGGGACGGCAGGGACGACGCGAAGAGGCUGGAGGGGGAGGGGGAGGGCGGAGAGGGGGUGAGCGGGGAGAUGGAGGGUUUGGGGAGGGACAGGGGCGCCCAUGUGUCGAGGGGGGUGGGAGGAGGGGCCUGGGUGGUGCCAGUGACCGCAGAGAGGCUGGUCAGGCACUCGAGAAUCGACGGGUGGAGAGAAGCAGGAUCUGCAUACCCACACACACGCACAAGCAACGAAGCUCACGCAAGCCCAUGUAUGAGAUCUGAGCUGUCCACUGGCCUCUCUGCCCGUGAGACACAGCAUGUAGAGCCUCUCCAGUCACCCUCGCUCACCUAUCUGUCCCUGAACGCAGUGAAUCGAACCAUCAGGGGCUCGCACUAUCCCAGCCUACAAAAAGGAAGCAACCAAGCACACACACGUCACCAUAGCUGUCUCCCCGACGCCUUCAUGUGCCUCCGUCCCUUCGGUGUGCGGGCGUACCUGCUGCGCAAGCUCGGCGGGCGUCGGGGUGCGAAGGAAACACAUUGGCUAGCCAAAUGUCGGGCGAAUGGUCAACUAACGGUGGAUGAAGUAUGCGGGAGGCCGUCCUUUCGAUUCUUU